AUGAAGCCCGAAAAGAGCUCAUCGAAACCUGGGCGUGGCUUGACGGAGAAACACCGGCGGCAGCAAAUGAAAUUUCUUUAUGAUAAACUCGCCGCCGCCCUCUCUCUUGCAAGCUCCGAGGAGAAAAUGCCAGCACUGGACUUGUUGGAUCAAGCCACGGAUUACAUAAAAGAAUUGCAGAAAAACAUUAAGGAGUUGAGGACAAGAAAGGAUAAUCUAGGCCAACCAGUUGCAGUGGACGUGAGUGAACACAACAUGGGUGCACUUUUGGAGGUAAACAUCGUAUGUGGGUCCGAGAACAAGUGUCUGAAGAUGUGUAAAGUCCUUCAAAUUCUCGAAGAAGAAGGUGCUGAAGUUGUGAGUGCAACCACCUCAGCUGUGCUUGACAAGAUCUGCCUUACAAUUCUUUGCAAGGCGUUUUCAUCUAGACUUGGAAUAGAGACUAAACAAGUGCAAGAACGCUUGAGGAAUCUUGUGUCUGGCAGAUAAUGAUAGAAGAAACCAACAUGCAAAACUUUCUCUGUGAUUACGGUAAUUCUAAAAU